AUGCAGCUCGGAGCAUUACAGUGCGAAGGCGAGAAAGCAGAAGAAGAGGAAAAAAACCCGACUGAAGAGAGCCUUCUAGACAAAACGGGCUGGCUAUCCGCCACCGCCAUCUCUCUGGCCAUCCUCAGCGCUGAGAAAUAA